AUGGCGAUGGGGGGAGAGAAAUUCAUUGUUAUUUUUCAAAUCUCUGUGUUCUACAUAAAUACAACAGACAGACAAUGUGGUUCUGAACAUCGCAAUAAACUGAAGUCUGAUCUGCAGCAGAGGUUCAGUCGUGUGUUUGAGGGUGGAGCUAAAGCAGGAAACUCCGUCCCCCUGACCCAGAUCUACACAGAGCUCUACAUCACAGAGGGCGGGGCCUCAGAGGUCAACCAGGAAGAGUGGUGCUUGAUGAGGGGUGUGGCCGGCGUGGGGAAAACAGUGUUGACUCAGAAGUUCAGUCUGGACUGGGCUGAAGGCCGGGCCCACCAGGACUUCCAGCUGCUGUUCCCGUUCACUUUCAGAGAGCUCAAUGUGCUCAGAGAUAGACAGUUCAGCCUGGUGGGACUGCUGCACCACUUCUUCAGUCCAUCCAAAGGUCUCUGCAGGUUCCAACAUCUCCAGGUGCUCUUCAUCUUUGAUGGUCUGGACGAGUGCAGACCUCCUCUGGACUUCAGUCGAAACCCGCGUCCUGACCGAGACACCACAGAGAUCACCUCAGUGCACGUGCUGCUGGUGAACCUCAUCAGAGGAAGCCUGCUUCCCUCCGCUCGCCUCUGGAUAACCACACGACCCGCAGCAGCCAAUCAGAUCCCUGCUGAGUACAUCUCCAUGGUGACAGAGGUGCAAGGAUUCACUAACCCGCAGAAGGAGCAGUACUUCAGGAAGAGGUGCAGAGACCAGGCCACAGCCAUCAUCUCCCACAUCAAGAGCAUCCGCAGCCUCCACAUCAUGUGCAGAAUCCCAGUCUUCUGUUGGAUCCUCUCCACGGUUCUACAGAAGCUUCUGGAACAAACAGAGGAACCAGAGUUGCCCCGGACUCUCACAAACCUCUACAUCCACUUCCUGGUGGUGCAGCUUAAACAGAAGAACAUCAAAUAUGAUGACAAACUGGAGACAGGUUCUGCCUGGUCUGCUGAAAACAAGAAGAUGGUUCGGUCUCUGGGACGACUGGCCUUUGAGCAGCUGCAGAAAAACAACCUGAUCUUCUAUGAGAGUGACCUGAGUGAAUAUGGGCUGGACGCUACAGUGGCCUCUGUUUACUCUGGAGUAGUGACAGACCUCUUCAAAGGUGAGAGGGGCCUCUAUGAAGACCAUGUCUACAGCUUCAUCCACCCGAGUGUACAGGAGUUUCUGGCUGCUCUUCACGUCCAUCACACCUUCUUCAGCUCUGGAGAGAACCUGCUGCUGAAGAAACAAUCUUCUCUGAACAUAGGCAGGAAGAGAACAAACACUGAAGUUUUUUACUGCUCUGCUGUGGACCAGGCCUUACAGAGUCCAAAUGGACACAUGGACCUGGACCUGUUCCUGCGCUUCCUCCUGGGGCUGUCUCUGGAGGAGAACCAGAAGCUGCUGCGAGGUCUGACAACAUGCAAAACAAGUUCACACAAUAACCAAAAGACCACUGACUACAUCAAGAAGAAGUUGGAUGAGGGUCAGUCUCCAGACAGAAGCAUGAACCUGUUCCACUGUCUGAAUGAACUGAACGACCGCAAUCUGGAGAAGGAGAUACAGAAGUACAUGAGAGCAGAGCGUCUGUCCUGGUUAAGCUCUCCAGCUGAAUGGUCAGCUGUGGGCUUCAUCUUACUGUCCUCAGGCUUGGAUCUGGAGGAGUUUGACCUUAGAAAACUCUAUCCCUCAGAGACAGCUCUCGUGGGUCUGCUGCCAGUGGUCAAAGCCUCCACUAAAGCCCUUCUGAGUGGUUGUGGCCUGUCCCCUCGCAGCUGUGGUCCUCUAGCCUCAGUUCUCAGCUCCUCCAGUCUCACACACCUAGAUCUCAGUGACAACGACCUCCAGGACUCAGGAGUGGAGCUGCUGUGUUCUGGGCUCAACAGCACCUCCUGCAAAAUUGAGACACUCAGGCUUUGUGGCUGUGGUCUGUCCUCUCGCAGCUGUGGUCGUCUGGCCUCAGUUCUCAGCUCCUCCAGUCUCACACACCUGAAUCUCAGUGACAACAACCUCCAGGAUUCAGGAGUGGAGCUGCUGUGUUCUGGGCUGAAGAGCGCCCCCUGCAGACUGGUGGCUCUCAGUCUGUCUGGAUGUCUGGUCUCAGAGGAGGGCUGUACACAUCUGACCUCGGCUCUGAACUCAAACCCCUCCCACCUGGAGGAGCUGGAUCUGAGCUACAACCACCCAGGACAGACAGGGGGGCAGCUCCUGCAGGCUCUGGUCAGGGAGCCCCGCUACAAGCUACGAUCACUCAAACUGGACCCCUGUGGACCGCAGUGGUUAAAACCAGGUUUUAAGAAGUACUCCGUGGGUCUCACGUGGGACAUGGACUCUGUCCACCCCAGACUGAGGUUCUCUGACAGAAAGACCGCAGUGAUGAGUGUGAACGAUAAUGAACCGUACCCAGAGCAUCCCGACAGGUUCGACUGGUUCUAUCAGGUGCUGUGUGCUGAGGAGCUGUGUGGGCGGAGCUACUUUCAGGUGCAGUGGAGCGGACAUGUCCAUGUGGCUGUGACGUACAGAGGACUGCAGAGGAAAGGGAAGAUGAAUGGAGCUUAUUUAGGAAGAAAUGAACAGUCCUGGUGCCUCUUCUGCUCUGAUGAAGGCUUCUCUGUUUGGCACAACGAUCAGGAGACAGUCCUGCCACACAGACCCGGCUCUCGGACUGUGGGGGUGUACGUGGACUCAGACGCCGGGGUCCUGUCCUUCUAUUGUGUGGCUGACAAACUAACACUGCUCCACAGCUUCAGCACAACCUUCACUCAGCCUCUGGUCCCUGCCUUUGGGUUCAGGUUCAACUCUCAGGGUUCAUUAGUGGUUCUGUGUUCCACUGAAGACCACAACCAAAUAAGACAUAGAACUGAACCAACUCUAUGAGUGUCUGGAAAACAAAGACUAAACUUACACCCCAGUUUAAAGCUACAAUGUUUUAUUUUAUUUCUUGAAUUACUUGUUCUUAUGAAAAUUACAUUACAGUUUGUGUAAGCAGGAAUGAGAAAUGUGGAAAUGCCUACGGACACAAUGGACAUUGGACAUUUAGACUUGACUUAAUAUGGACAAUUUGUAAAUUACUUUGCUUGUCAUAAUUAUUAUGUAAAUACACGUUGUGAAAAGACAAUAAAAUACAAAUGAAAAGAAAAAAGAAAAAAAAAGAACUGAACCAACUCACUGAAGGACUUAUUAUACUAGGAGUUAUUAUGUG